ACACCGAAUCUAUGCGAUGCUCAAUUAAAGCGCUCCCUUUUGAACUGGGCUUGUCUCGGACAAUCGACGGAAGCAGUUAAGCGUCUGCUCACCAAUGCUCACUUGGAUAUCAAUUUACGAUCAGGCCCACGAAAGACAACGGCUCUGCAUGAGGCGUGUUCUGUAGGGUUUUCAGAAGGGGUGACACUACUAUUGGCUCACCCAGAGGUUGAUAUUAACGCGACGACUGACGACCACCAAGGAUUAACACCUGUCCAUAUGGCUGUUCAAGCAAACCAGGUGGAAUGCCUUAGGUUGUUACUGGCGGCAGGAGCGCGUGUGGAUCUAUUUGCUUGUGAUACAGGUCGAUUACCCAUCCACACAGCUGUUCUUUUCGGAUAUCAACAAUGUAUUUGUAGGAACAAUCCUGAACAAUUAGACUUACUUUGGACACCGAAUAAACUAGAUCAGCGCAGUGCAAUUGAAAUGGCUAUUGUUACUGGACUUACAAGCACACUACAAUUAUUGUUGGAUUACGAUGGUCACUGUAGCAUCCCUCCAUCACUCCCUCUGACGAGGCCAGACUUGAUCGAUUUAGCGAUUGAAUGGAACCGUAUCGAAAUGUUACGUUUAUUGAUCAAGCGAGGGUGCAAAGUAUCAGCUAAAAGUCUUCUCAAGGCGGUUCAGCAACGCAAAAUUGAUAUGGUACGAGAAUUGGUGACAUCAGGCAAAGUAGAUCCCACCGCCACCAGCACUCAUACUCUCUCUACUACAUGCAGUAGUGGUUAUAAUCCAUCUUUCUUGUAUGCUGCUAAUCAUGGGUUUUUAGACAUGAUACCAUUAUUAUUGACAUUGAAUACUUCUAAAGACUGUAUUCAACAAGCGCUUUUACUAGCAAGCUCGAUUGGUCUUCGUGACCAAUUGGCUCAUACCAUUGUAUUUACUUUAAAAUCACUUGCUGCUAUUGCUGCCAAGAAA